AUGAAAUCGCUCGGCUGGAACUUUAAAUUGUCUGAUGUCCAACGAUUUCAGGCGUCUGUGGACAAUCGUCUAUGGCCAGUACGGCCGGUGUAUUUCCUAGCAGGAGCAGCCACGUGGACCAAAGUAUGUGCCGUAUCACUGGCGACUGCUUAUGUUCCCGUAUUCUUAUUGCGACAAUUCCUGAAACAUUUCUACUUUUCUUACAAAGGUUUUCUAUUCGACGAUCCCAAAAAGCCCUCGCUGGUCACUCGUUUCUGGGGUCUUUGUCGUCAAUUACUGGCGGUGUCUCCUCCUCUUCUGAAGUCAUGCGAACAUCUUCUACCCUGUCUUCCGUUACCGAAUCUAGAAGACACUGUAACCAGAUAUCUGAAAUCGAUGAAGGGAAUUCUUAGAAGGGACGAGUACGAUUCGUUAAAAGAACAGGCAGACCUAUUUCUGGCAAACGAAGGUCCUCGUCUGCAGCGGUACGCCUGGAUUAUGUCCCUGACGACGUCUAACUAUGUGACUCCCUUCUGGGAGAAGUACGCCUAUUUGUAUAGCAGGCAGUCCGUCCUGGUGAACAGCAGUGUCGCCCACACGGAUUUCCUGGAAGUCCCGGAGCAUCGGAAGGCAACGUGGGCUUACAUGGCUGCUCGGGUUACGUAUUUCGAAGGAAUGUCCCACCUAGCUGUGGAUAGACAAACAAUCAAGCCGCUUGGAUCGGGUCUAGUCUGCUCAUGUCACUACGACAAACUGUACAGUGUAUGUCGCGUUCCUGGGGAAGAAGUCGACAAAUUAGUCAAUUACGGAAUCUCGAAACAUAUUGUGGCUAUUUAUGGUGGUUGUUUCUACAAAGUGAUGUUAUGUGAUGAAAAAAAUCGAAUGUAUAGUAUUGAUCAAUUAUCGAAGAUUUAUGCAGAAAUUUUCUCACGAAAUGAGAAACUUACUGGAUCCGCUAGCAGAGUGGCCGCACUUACAGCUGAUCGCAGAGACGAAUGGGCUCGAAACAGAGAGAAAUUCUUUCUGAGGAACCCGAAAAAUGCAGCAACACUGCACGAAAUUGAAACUGCUGCUUUCAUGAUAGUACUGGACGAUGGCGAGUACUUCAACGAUCCCAAGGAUCCCGACACGAUGUCGCAUUUUUUGAAAAAUAUGCUCGCUGGUAAUGGAGCAAAUCGUUGGGCUGACAAGUCAUUGAAUUACGUGAUUGGAAGGAAUUCACGGUGUGGUGGAACAACUGAACAUUCGAUUGCAGAUGGAGCAGAGUUCGAUCACAUCAUGGAAAACUUCUCUGCAUUCGAGUUCCUUACACCAUAUCCAACUCUGGAAGAACAAAAGCAGAUAGAGAAAAUAACUGAGAAGGACCGAGACGUUACAUUGGCAAUACGUCUACCUGUUGAAGUCACCGAUGAGGUAAGAUGGAUGCCGACUACUGACAUGGCAUGUAUGGCAUGCCUGGUUGACUGA